AAUUUAGGAAAAAAGUGAUUAUUGUGACUCAUAUUGCAAAUUUGAUAUGAAUUGUUGUAUUUAGACAAAUGAUUAUAUUUUUGUCAUUCCCAUUCUGGAAAAGAAAAACAGGAUUUAGGAAAGGAUUUUUUGCAAACUAUUCUAAAAAAAAAACCCUGACACUUGAAUGGUUACAUAAUGUAUAGAGCAAAACACCUCUGCUGCAAAAAAAAAUUUGAGCAUAUAACUUUAGUUUAGGCAGGCCACAGAGUUAAGUGCUUCCAUAUAAUCGAGAGUAGCUGAUCUCAGGCAAGCCCUCAUCAGCUGACAGCCAGCUGAUUUGCUCUUAGCACACUAUUGACUGAUGGCACUUAUGCUGCCAUAUUCAAACUGCUCUAGCCUGGUUAUGCUUUCCCUCUGCAAGUUGAUUUUUUCAACCCUCCUCCACCCCAGCUUCUCCUUUAUGCUACAUCUGACUUAAUCAGUGCCAUUCAUGUUAUUGAUGUCUGCUUUGCUCUGGGUUUUUGCUUCUCUCCCUGCCUCAGGCACUCCUUGUAGGUACAUGGAGAGCAGGAACGUGUGUUUCAUGUCUGUUGACAAAGUGGUCCAGGCAAAAAUGCACUGAAGUGGCAUUUUGACCCACAUUUCAGGUUAAAGACUAUUGCAGCAGUAGGACAUAUUUGGAUUUAAUCUUAAUUUAGAUAACUGUUCAGUCUUACCUCAGCAUGUGAUUGCCAGCACAUGUUGGCUUAUCCUCUUAAACAUUAAAUAUGCAAAAUUUAAAUGUUUUCAAAGUGUCUUUUAGAGUGAAAAUGUCCGUAGACUGUUGAGAGGCCCCCUCUGUUCAUUUCUGACUCCACAGCCUCAGAGGCAGACAGCAGAUGGCACAGACUAAUUGUCACAGGCAGACACAGCAGCAAUAACACAACAAUUAUAGUGGAGAUUAAACACAACAAUCCCAGAGCUGUAUACUUAUUUUAAGUGGGUGAAUUACUCUGUGUGCGUUUUUAAUGACUGUGCUAAUCUUAAAAGUAUGUUUUUCUUCAGUUUCAUAGGCAGCCAAAUCCCAGUAAAUCUGAUAUUUCCUGUGGUCAAUCUCCUUUUUUUCUUUUCUGCUUCAUCUGGAGUGGAGCUGCCGUCACCUGUUUCCAACAGUUCUCGAGUGGGAAAGCCCCUUGUGUCACUCUCAGGUGUAUGUGUAUGCAUGUGUUUAGCAUGUACAUGUGAGUCGGGGACAAUGAAGAGUGUACAUGCAUACUGGUGUGAUUGAAGUGACACAGGAUCUGAUGGUACAGCUGUCUCUCCUUAAACCCACUUCUGUUCUCAGACAUAUUACAAGGAUUUUCAGGCUCUGUUACACAUUGUGCCCUUUGCUUGUGAAACCAGAGCUUCAUAACAAUAAGACUGUGAAAUGACAAUUGUAGAGAGACUGACAUCAUCGUUGUUGAAUUAGCUGUGAGCCUGCAAAGCACCCAGAUGGUCCAUACCUGAGUGGUGCAUCUGGACCUAAACCCCUUAAACCUCAGAGAUCCCUCCCAGGGACGCCCGUUUCUAUCACACACUACCCCAUUGACCUGCGAACAUCCAUGGAAGAAAAGUACAAAGAGAUUGCUGAGGAGCUGUUCACACGCAGCAUGGCAGAGAGCGAGAUGCGAAGCGCUCCAUAUGAGUUCCCAGAGGACAGCCCCAUCGAACAGCUGGAGGAGCGACGGCACCGCCUGGAGAGGCAGAUCAGCCAGGACAUUAAACUUGAGCCAGAGAUCUUGCUCCGUGCCAAACAGGACUUCAUGAAAAUCGACAGUGCUGCUGAUCUAGAGGAAUUAAAGGAGAAGAGCGUAGACACUGUUGACGAUGGCUUUAAGGAGAGAGAAAUGCCAAUGGAGAAAGAGUACCAGCGUGUCUCGAUAUCCGGAGAGGAAAAGUGUGGAGUGCCCUUCACUGACCUGGUAGAUGCUGCAAAGUGUGUGGUGAAGGCCUUGUUCAUCCGGGAGAAGUACAUGAACCGAUCUAUGCAAAGCUUUUGUAAGACCACAGCUCAUGCCCUGCAGGAGCUCGGGGUGAAGCCUCUGGAGAUGAGAGUGUAUGAGGAUAUCCCAGAAACGCCUGUAGAUGCUGAUGCCCCUGUCCACCCUCCUGUCUCAGAGACACACCCCUACGACAACCAGGACCCCAAGAACAUGCCACUAGAUGCAGGAUAUGGCUGCAAGAUGGUGGAUGGAGUAGUCCAUGUCUACACAAAGAAAACCAACAUGGAUAAGAGUUCAGAACUGGACCUGCCCUACCCUGACCUGAACGAUUACAUUGCUGACAUGAAUAUUAUGAUGGCUCUCAUUAUUAACGGGCCAGUGAAGUCUUUCUGUUACCGCCGUCUACAGUACCUGAGCUCUAAGUUCCAGAUGCACAUCCUCCUGAAUGAGAUGAAGGAGUUGGCAGCUCAGAAAAAAGUUCCACACAGAGACUUCUACAAUAUAAGAAAGGUGGACACACACAUACACGCAUCAUCCUGCAUGAAUCAGAAACACCUGCUGCGAUUCAUUAAGAGAGCCAUGAAGAAGUACCCUGAGGAGAUUGUCCACAUAGAACGUGGUCGUGGUCAGACCUUGAAGGAAGUGUUUGAAACCAUGAACCUGACUGCCUUUGACCUAAGUGUAGACACUCUGGACAUGCACGCUGACCGCAACACAUUCCAUCGGUUUGACAAGUUCAAUGCCAAGUAUAACCCCAUCGGAGAAUCCAUCCUCAGAGAGAUCUUCAUCAAGACUGACAAUCACAUUGAGGGAAAAUACUUUGCACACAUUGUCAAGGAGGUGAUGUUUGAUCUGGAGGAGAGUAAGUAUCAGAACUCAGAACUGCGUCUGUCCAUCUAUGGUCGCUCCAGAGACGAGUGGGAUAAACUGGCCCGGUGGGCCGUAAAACAUCGAGUAUACUCUGACAAUGUACGCUGGCUGGUCCAGGUGCCCCGUCUGUUUGAUGUGUACCACACAAAGAAGCAGCUGGCUAAUUUCCAGGAGAUGCUGGAGAAUAUUUUCAUGCCUUUGUUUGAAGUGACGAUCAACCCACGCAGUCACCCUGAGCUGCAUCUCUUCCUUGAGCAUGUGGUGGGCUUUGACAGCGUGGACGAUGAGUCUAAACCUGAACAUCACAUUUUCAACCUCGACAGCCCGCUCCCAGCUAACUGGACAGAAGAAGACAACCCACCAUACUCGUACUACCUCUACUACACCUUUGCCAACAUGACCGUGCUCAAUCACCUGCGGCGGAAGCGAGGCUUCCAUACAUUUGUGCUGCGACCUCACUGUGGAGAGGCGGGGCCAAUUCACCAUCUGGUGUCAGGCUUCAUGUUAUCAGAGAACAUCUCCCACGGGCUGCUGCUCCGAAAGGCCCCGGUGCUGCAGUAUCUCUACUAUCUGGCUCAAAUUGGCAUCGCCAUGUCACCUCUGAGUAACAACAGCCUAUUCCUCAGUUACCAUCGCAACCCUCUACCUGAGUACCUGUCGAGAGGACUCAUGGUUUCUCUGUCCACUGAUGAUCCUCUUCAGUUUCACUUCACUAAGGAGCCUCUGAUGGAGGAGUACAGCAUUGCUACUCAGGUGUGGAAACUAAGCUCCUGUGACAUGUGUGAGCUGGCAAGAAACAGUGUCCUCAUGAGCGGCUUUUCACACAAGGCUAAAAGCUACUGGUUGGGCCCCAGUUAUUCCAGGGAGGGCCCUGAAAGUAAUGACAUCCGAAGAACCAACGUCCCAGACAUCCGUGUGGCGUAUCGCAGCGAGACGCUCUCUGAGGAGCUGCAGCUCAUCACUCACGCCGUGCGCACUGAGGAGCUAGACACCAUAGACGAGGAGGACUCUCUGUCCAUGGGCCCCCUCCCAGGAGGACGCUGACAUCACAACACCCUGGACUCACCCUGUGAAUCCCUGAGCCCACCCCAGCAUGACACUGAAGAACCGUGGUGUCUUUGUUAACCCUAAACACCUCCAGCAUUCUCUGUAAUAGUAAACUGCACACUGACAACUAUUUAUAAGCCAAGGAUACAAGUCUUACACAGCACUUCAUCUUUUUCCUUCUUAGUAUGUUGACUCAUUUUAAGUUACAGUUCGGAUUUGAGCCCCUCAAAUAUUCAUAUUCAAGCAUUUCCUCUUUUUGUUUUUCUAAUUAACAUUAUCAGUCACUGUCAGGUUGGUGGAGGAUACAAAAGGGCAUUUAAGGGUGUUAGGUUUAUUAUUUUAUAUGUGAAACUAUAAAGCAGACACAAUAUUUGUAUGACUACUCUAUAUCCUGCCUGAAAGUCAUCAGAAGCUCCGUUAUUAAUUUAUUCUGUUAUUCAGUGACUUGUUUGAGUUCACCAGGAUUUACAAAGCAUGUAGGAUCUCUGUAGUACCUGUUUACCACAGAAACACCAACAACCAGCACACUGAGACUAGUCAUGCUGCUAAAUUACACUUUUACCAUUGUUAUUCAUACUUCUAAUAAAGGACUACGGAUGAAGAAUUGCUGAAGUAACAAAGUUGGUAAACCUGACACAGAGGAGGAAGAGGAUGUCUCUUGUCUGUAUCCACUGCAGGGCUUCAGAUCAUGUUUUGCCAAAGUGCGCUCACAGAAUAGUUUUUCCAUGGUGUUAAUCAGCUCAAAGUCAGAAACAUAAUCCACAGCCUUUAAUUCAGAAGAGAAGCAGCGUCCUGUGGUUGUCUGAAAAACAUUCCAUGAAACAAACACCACGUUCAGCCACAGAUGAGCUGCAGUUAGCGCUGAAAAACCAUGACGGUGUAAACUUUGGUUGAAGGGGAAAAUUGUAUCGUAGGUUCUUGGCACAGCACAAAUAAAUGGACCAUUGUCUGAGGAGAAUGCUCUCACUGUGACCUCUCUAUGGCCAUGAAGACCUGGACCCUCCUCUCGUUAUUGACUCAUUCCUUCCCCUCUGGACAAACAGAUUUUCCCCCUCUGCAUGCAUCAAACUGUAAAUACCAGUAUGCACUAAGCCAAGACUUCACAGUGCCUUUUCCUUUUCAGCUUUGGGCACUGCAUGCCCAGAUUCUGUCAGUCCUUACAGAAGGAAUGCUGCUUUGUUUCUCUUUCUCUACAUACAAAGUGCUUUUUUGCAUGCUUGCAUGAUUAACGGAUGGCAGAGAGAAUGAAAGUUUACAUCAAAGCUUUUGUGUUAAAGCAUCUUUUCUGAUUCAGGGCUGAAGAAGUCAGCAAUCUGUCACAGCAGACAGAUUCAAACAGACCAUGUGAGAAUGAGAAAAACCAUGCUGGGACAUGGUUAAGACUGCAGCAUGGUUCUUGUAGCAAACAUUUGUUAAUCACCCCAAAGCCGAUGAAAGCUGGGAUCAUGUUUUGUAUCGUUUGUCAUCAUGUUUCAUAUCCUGCCGCUGCACGCGCUCCAACCUCCCAUCCAGCUGUGAGCAUUUAAGCCUGGACUCUACUGUUCAGUGUUACCAAUGCCAGGACAUUGAGAGGGACUCAGAUCAGUGUUUCCGUGAAUGACCAAUGGUAAUGUGUUACUUUACAGAGGUUACUUUAUGUUUGCUUGUAGAGGUUUAGGAUAAAGCUGUGAUUGCUCAGCAGGAACACGGUAGCUUCUAAGUGUCCAGAGGAUGUACUGGGGUUUGUGUGCUGAACACAGUGAAAUGUGGGUUUGAUUUCAUGUAAUAAGUGUAUUUUUUUAAAGGCAAUAUAGAGAUAAGAAAUUUUAUAUUUACAGAAUAAUAAUGUUUAACACAGUUUUGUUGUUGUUGAUUAGCAUUAUGUCUCUAUGAAAGUAGAGUUUCUCAGUAAGGUUGAAUGUCAUUAGCCUUUCUCAUCUGUCAAUUAGACACUAUCAUUUUGAUUCCGGCCAGCCUACAGGAGCUGUUUUUUCCUGACAUGCUCACUUGGAAUCAUUCUUUGAUCAUUGUUAUUGUAUUACAGCUUGCAUCCAUGAUGGAUAAAAAAAACACACUCCUCACAAGCACAUGCAUAAAAACCAGGACAGAUCUUUAUCAUCUUUAUCUGUUCUAGAUUGAUCUAUUUACAAAAAUCAAUUUGAUUGAUUUGUUUUUGUAUUGACAUGCUAAGGGAAUGCUCAGUAAGAAUCUGCAUGUUUCAGCCUAUCCGUCCAUUUAUCUCUAAAACUUGUCAGUGUAUCCAUGUGCACCUCAUAGUGCACAUUUUACACAGCUCCCUACCUCACAAGUACUCACUUCUAGUCAGUGUCUUCUCACUGCUGUGUAGUGUCUUCCAGCAACAGCAGAGCCAUAACUAAGGAUUAUUUUCCCUAUUGACUAAUCCAGUAAAGGUCUGACCUAUAAAAAGAAUAAGAAAAUGGUAAGAAAUGUGAAUGAAAAACUUAUAGUAGGGCAUCAAUGUUUUCUUAUUGUUUUAGUCCAACAAACAUUCCAAAAAGCCAAACUAUUUACACACUAAUAACACAGUAAAACAACCCUAAGAGGCUUGAAACUGAUGAGUGGGAUUUUUUUUUGUCUUUAAAUUGAUUAAAGGAUUACUGUAUUGGUAAAAUUGUUGCUGAUCGUUCUUCUGAGUCAUGUAAUCCAAUGCAUAAUUUACCCUUUGCUAAGCCUCAGCUUUCUUGGUUACUCAGAAUCUGUUGUGGCCAGGUUCCAUCCCUUUUGAAACAAACGAAAAUAUGAACAAUUAAAAAUCGGAUAAAGUUUUAUCUAUAUAACUCAUUCAAUUCCUUUAUAAACUUGUGAAAGAUUAAAUAUCCAGUAUGGAAGCAGCCCCCACCCUGUCUAAGACCCCCCCCCCCCAAGGGGCAGCUGAUCCUUAACCAAAGUCCUGUUUUGUCUUUUGGAUUACACCUGGUAUCUUAGAUAGCACUUAUAUUACAGUACAUGGAUGCCAGCUUCACAUAAUGUAAACAUUACUGACAAUACAAAGUAGCCCUAUAGCUAUGUUGUAUUAAACACCAUUAUUGAAUGUUGUCUCUUACCUUUGAGCAUGAAAGUAUUCUUUGUGAUUGCUGAUGGGCACAAUUGCCUGUCCAGUCUAAUCCAAAGACUGCAUGUCUCAUUAUUAACCUUCAAUUUACAAAACAGGAUGAAUGACUCCUUUGGAUUAUGUUGUGAGUGUCCUGAGUCGCUCUUUCAAACAACUUAAGCACAACUUAUAAUUAUGCUGAGUAACCAAAUUAAGGUCACAAUUUCACGGCAUAUACCUGGGCAAAAGUUUGUUUAAAUUUAGGUAGCCCAGCAAUGGCUGCUAAGAGGAGGUUCUCUGACUGGUGCAUAAAAAGACCAAUCAGAGAGCCAACAAAGGGCCAACUGCUCAUGGAAAUAAUUCACACUACAGAAGUAACAGUAACACAGCUACUACUUGGAUGCCUUCACAAAUCAACCCUAAAUGAAUGAUCAGUUCUUCUGAUACCAUAUCCACAGAUUUAUAGUUCAUAUUUAAUCAAACACUCGAGCCUGUUAAUGUCUACUCUACGGCUCAUACAACAGUCAUAGCAAUCAUAUUGUGUUCAGCUGGCAGUAUUUUCUCAUGUUCAUUGUCACUUUUCUGCUGUUUAUUUUUUUCUGGUUUAAUGUUCUGUGGUCUGUAGCCAUAUUAUUGCCUGAAAUGGUUUGCCAGUGUUAAACACAUUCAAAUUAUUCUUCUGAUAAUGCCCACCUAUGAUGUCUGAAGGAUGAAAUAAAGCAUGAUAAAUCACCAAA